AUGAAUAAAACUUUAUUUGUGAAAGGCGAACAGUGUCGUGGUGGAAAGAAAUCUAAAGAGAGACUGACAGUUAUGUUAUGUGCAAACAUGGUAGGCGAUAAAGAGAAGCCAUUAGUUAUCGGAAAAUCCACCAAGCCACGCUGCUUUAAAAACAUCAAUCUAAAGAAUUUACCUGUUGAUUAUUACGCUAAUAAAAAGGCAUGGAUGAACUCGAAAAUAUUUGAGGACUGGCUUCGCAAAUUUGAUCGCAAGAUGAGACGCCAAGGAAGAAAAAUAUUGCUCUUUGCCGAUAAUGCGCCAUCACACCCAACGAUCAACCUCAAGAACAUUAAACUUCAAUUUUUACCAGCCAACACUACGUCUAAAUCACAACCGAUUGAUCAGGGGAUUAUUCAAACCACUAAGCUGAAAUACAGAAAACGUCAGCUCCGUCACAUCGUACGAAGAAUGGACGAAGACAAGGCAAAGUAUGGCAGUGAAUUUUUGAAAGAAAUUAACGUCCUGGAUACAAUCAUGUGGAUCAGCCAGUCGUGGAAAGAAGUUGAAGUCUCAACUAUAGAAAAGUGCUUCAGUGCCUGUGGUUUCACCAGCAAUGCAGAAAUUACUGAUGAAUCCAGUAAUGAUGAUAACACAGAGAUAGCACAGUUGGAUGAAUUGUCCCAUGAGUUGUUUGGAUGCAGUUUAGAUGAGAUUGUCAAUAUAGAAAGAGACCUAGCAACAUGCAACACAGACAAUGUUAACUGGGAGCAAUCAGCAGUUGAUAUUUUGAGCCAGAUGGAAGAAGAUGAUACAGGUGCAGAAGAUAGUGAUGAUGAGAACACCCCACCACCACCACCAAACCCAGAGAAACCAUCCAUCAAUGAUUACAGCCAGGCAGUCCAGUCAGUCUCUAACUUGAAAGAUUUCAUGUUGAGACAAGGAUUGGAUGACAUGCUACUUGCUAUAGCAGACAUUGAAGAUAUUUUGGUUUCAGCUAAGCUGAAAUGCCGUGAAGUGAUUGUCACAGGACCACGUGGUACUCUUAGAAAAAAUUUCAACCACCUCAAUAUUGAACUGACGAUGUUAGGCAAGAAGAAAGUUCAAGUACAGAAAUGGUUCG